AGUCUUAACAUUCGCGGUUGUCAAAAAUGCUUAAAGUAAUUUUUGUGCUCAUUGUGUUACUAAAGUUGGCAAUUGGAGCGCCAGCAGAUCUUGUGCCUGCUCUCAAUGUUGUAGAUGCUAAAAAUAGAGGAUUUAUUUUGGAGCCCAAUGAAGACGGAUAUCAAUUAGUUAUAAGAGACGCUGGCAAUUCUCUAAAAGAAAAUGUCCUCCAGGAUGACGAAGGCGUGCUUCAUGUGCAGGGUGUGAUUAGACAAGAGUUUGAUAAUAAACAGCAACUGCUUCUCGAAUACAUAGCAGACACAGAGGGAUACAGAGCUGGCUUUAAAACUCGAUUGAAACCAUAGAAGCCCAAGAAGCCAAAGCAGCCCACAAAAAAACCGAACACUGAACUUAUCGAUAAGCCGGAUUGCCCCGAUGACGAUGACGAGGAUAAAUCAUUUGUGAUAACGACUGCCAUCAGAGUCGAAAAUGUUCACUAACCUAUACUACUCCUUUAAAUUUAAAGUACCAGGUACAGUUAUGAAUAGAAAGUAUUUGUAUAUUUAUUGGAAUUUAAAAGUUAUGCGUUGCU